UCAAAGCUGUGUACAUCCGAUAAAGCCAUUGUCACUGGAAAUUCCUUAUCAGCUGCGGCCAACGUUUCGAGUGGUUGUACUCCCAGUCCGAGUUCCCGUUCUUUCAGGCAAGUUUGAAAGGCUAGAGAGGGGUCGGGUUUCGCCGUCAGGUCUGAGCGGCUGUCGGCUUCGCGAGCAGCGGACGCGAUGCAUCCCACGCUUCCAAAGGGGUUUAUAGUUCCGUGCGCCCUGCUGUUGUUGGUAGCCAGCGGAUGGCUCGCCGGUGCCGAUGCAGCGAGCGCCUCGAUCUUCAGCGUGACCUCGCCGAAUGCUAGGUCGACGACCGCAGCAGCAGUGGUCGUCAAUGGCAGCUGCGACGAAAGGGUCUGCCUGCGCCCGAAUUGCUCGUGCGAGUCCGACCAGCCGCCGGCCGGCCUGCGACCAAGCCAGGUUCCGCAGUUUGUGACGUUGACGUUCGACGAUGCCGUCAACGUGGGCAACAUGGCCUUCUACCGCGAGCUGCUCAAUGGAACUCGAAAGAACAAGAACAACUGCCGCAUUGCGGCCACUUUCUUCGUGUCGCACGAGUACACUGACUACGAGGCCGUCAACCAGCUGUACUCUUGGGGCAACGAAAUCGCCUUGCACUCGAUAAGCCACCGGACCGACUCGGCCUACUGGCAGACCAUCAACACCACCCAAUGGGAGCGGGAGGUGGCGGCUCAAAAGGAGAUGAUGGAGACAUUCGCCAACGUGCCGGCUUCCAACGUGACCGGCGUCAGGGGGCCAUUCCUGUACACCGGUGGGGACGAGGGCUUCCGCAUGCUACAAAAACACUUCCGGUACGACUGCACCCUGGUGCACCGGCGAGAGCGUGACCACGAGAACCCCGUCUACCCGUACACCAUGGACUACGGCUUCCGACGUAACUGCAUGGUGUGGCCGUGCCCCACAGAUACGUACGCGGGUCUCUGGGUGGUGCCCAUGAACGUGCUCUUCAAAGAGCGCCAGGGCCAGGACUACCCGUGCGCCAUGGCGGAUGCCUGCCUGCCACAGCCGCUCACCGCUGACGAUACCUUCGAGUACCUCAGGUCCAACUUUGAAGAUUACUACAACCGCAGCCGUGCACCAUUCCCUCUGUUCCUUCACGAAGCCUACUUGCGCCACCCCGGCCGCAAGCAGGGCUACCUGCAGUUCGUCGACUGGCUGCUCACGAAGGACGACGUCUACCUCGUGACCAUCACCGAAAUGCUGCGCUACAUGCAAAACCCGCUGCCACUGACAACCUACGCCCGGCAAGCGUGUCCCACUGCGCAGCAGAGCACCUGUACCAAGCCCAAGACCUGUACCUACAAGAACACGUCACUGGGAGGCGACCGCUACAUGAGGACCUGUUCACGGUGCCCCAGGAACUAUCCCUGGGUUGGGAAUCCCAUGGGCAUCUAGUAGAAAUGGGUCAACUGUGACUCGGGCUCAACCUAAUAAAAUGCGUUGAUGGUCAAGUUGGUGCAAAAAAAAAAAAAACAAGGCACA